AUGCGUGACCACCAUCGGCCACCGGAAGUAACACGACUGCACCAGCGCAUCUGGAAAACUAGACGCAUGUUCCACAGUUUUGACACUGGAUGGCGUGCAGAAUACCGGGGACAUAUCUAUAUUGCUGAAUUCGUAAAAGAAAAUGUCGUCCCUUCUGGUUUCAAGGUUUAUGCUGCAAACGGUACGCACAUCGCGACUUUCGGUUUCAGAACGCUAACUCUGGACCUCGGACUAUGGCGUCCAUAUACCUCAAAGCUCAUAGUUACAAAGGUACAACUGACUAUUGGUGCCGACUUCCUGCAGCAUCACGGUCUUCUGAUAGACCGGAGGAACAAACGGAUAAUAGGAACAACUACACCAAAAUACAGAGAUUCGGACAGAUGCACGACCCAACCAACAGUCACUACAGUAGGUAACGAAAACGGCGAAAAAUACACUUCUUUAUUAAAACGAUACAUCGAUGUUACUAGACCGACACAGAGACACAACAAACCAAAACACAAAGUACGCCACCACAUAAUCACCAAAAGCAGACCAUGUGCAAAACGAACUCGCAGACUGGCACCAGAAAAAUACAGAGCGGCACGCGAGGAAUUUCAACUUCUAAUUCAACAAAGAAUUUGCCAACAGUCAUCUAGUGAAUAG